CAUGAUAAUCCCAGAUUUUACGCAUCUGAGGUUGUGGUUGCUUUGGAGUACCUCCACAUGAUGGGAAUCGUAUAUCGUGAUCUCAAGCCUGAAAAUGUAUUAGUUCGAACAGAUGGUCAUAUAAUGUUGACUGAUUUUGACCUCUCUUUAAGAUGUGAUGACUCGACUUCUACGCCGGUGCAAGUAAUUUCUACUCAGAAUCAGCCCAAUGCACUACCACAAAGCGAGUAUAGAAUCGAUCCACCAUCGUUUGGCUCAACUUCUUGCAUUCUUCCCAACUGUAUAGUCCCUUCGGUAUCGUGCUUCCAUCCCAAGCGCAAGCGUAAAAAGAAGCAAGGCCACCAUGCAGGUCCCGAACUUGUGGCCGAGCCUAUUGAUGUUCGAUCGAUGUCGUUUGUUGGGACCCACGAGUAUUUGGCUCCAGAGAUAGUCUCCGGGGAAGGCCAUGGCAGUGCAGUGGAUUGGUGGACCUUGGGGAUAUUCAUUUUUGAGUUGUUUUAUGGCGUGACACCAUUUCGAGGUAUGGACCACGAGCUAACACUAGCGAACAUCAUUGCUCGAGCCCUCGAGUUUCCAAAAGAGCCUGUUAUCCCGACCGCGGCAAAGGACCUAAUAUCUCAAUUGCUUGUUAAAGAUCCAGAGUACCGAAUGGGAUCGAAAAUGGGCGCAUCACCAAUUAGACGCCAUCCGUUCUUUCAAGGAGUGAAUUGGGCACUUUUGAGAUGUACGGCUCCACCUUUCAUCCCUCCGUCUGUGAAUGGAGAUUAUUUAUCGGAUGAAAGUUGUCCUGGAACUAUCGUGGACUAUUACUAGUAGUAUAAGCUUGUCCAAGUGCUUCAUCGUUUAAUCAUUACCAUGCAUCGUAUGUUUUGUGCGACUUUCAAAUCAAAAUAUUGUUUCUUCGUGUUAAAAAUUAUAUGUAAACAAAUCGUAAUAAGUCGAAUUCAAGUGAA